UAAACAGACAAAAGUGAAACAAACCUUCAGAAGACACAGUGCGUUCACAGGAGGCGUGUGUUCAAGCUUCAGUCAAAACAUCCAUCAACAGCCACUGCAAAAGUCACGAAACUUUGAGGAACCAUGGUGAAAACUAUUAAAGAUCACCUGGAGAAUACUUUUGAGGAUCUGGGGGAGGGAAAUCUAAGAAAGUUUAAACUCAAAUUGCGCGAUCGGAAGGAAGAACCGCGCGUACGACAAGCUACAAUUGAAAAAGUUAAAGACCAUCUAGAUCUCGCUGAUUUGAUGGUGAAUACUUUCACAUCGCCAGGCGCUGUUCCUGUAACACUCGAAAUAUUAGAGGUUAUUGGCUGUAAUCAACUUGCAUCAGAGCUCAGAGAGAACAUAGGAGACGGUUUGCCAGUGGCUCAGCCACCUUUGGAUGUAGUAGACGCCAAACAAGGUCAGGGUCCGAAGGUUGAUGCUGUUCCUCCAUAUGAUCCUGUUCUGUCAGACGAUUGGCAGAGAGAAUCACAGAUUACUCUGUGCAGCCAACAAUUUAAAAUCAAAAUUCUUGGAGAAAAUGGAAAAGAGAUUUAUGAAGCAAAAGACAGGUCUGUACGAAAACGUCUUGCCCUGCUUAUCAACAACAGAGAUUUCGACGAAAAGGCUAUGACCAGGAGAGGGGCUGAGAGAGAUGAAGAGAACAUGGAAUGGCUGUUAAAUCAGCUGGAUUAUCAAGUUGUCAAGUACAACAAUCUCUCUGGACAGGAAAUGAAGCAAGCAGUCGAGAUCUUUGCUCAACGUCCAGAACAUGCAUCUUCAGACAGCACCUUUGUGGUUAUAAUGUCCCACGGAAAGAGGGAUGCCAUUUUGGGUGUCCAUCAUAAAGCAGACAACCCUGAUACCUUCCCUGUUGAUGAUAUCUACAAUGAUCUGAACUCUAAGAAUUGUCCAGCUCUGCAUAAUAAACCAAAGGUUAUUCUCAUCCAAGCCUGCAGGGGAGGGGAGCAUGGGCGCGUGUGGGCCAGUGACAGUGAACCCGAUGAGUCAAUGGAAAUAGAGGGCGAUGACUUUGUGCACAUGGAGAAAGACUUCAUUUCUCUGAUGUCCUGCACCCCGGACACCAAAUCUUACAGGCAUGUUCAGAAUGGAACGUUUUACGUCCAACUGAUAGUGGAUGUGUUCACGAAACAUGCACAUCAGGACCACAUUGAGGAAUUGUUCAGGAAGGUUUUAAGACGUUUUGAGAACGCAGAAAUGAUCGGAAGCUACAGGCAAAUGGCUUGUAAAGACAGAGCAUCGCUGACAAAGUUGUUCUACCUGUUCCCUGGACUUUGAUUUCCAAGUUGUACAUUCAUUUCUCUGAAUUUUAUAGACCCUCACGUGCCUUUGUAUCUCCAGCAAAUCCUGAAAAGUCUUUCCAGAUGUAUGAAAAUAGUUCUUCUUUAAAAAAAAAAAGAAAAACCUUAAUUAAACAGCUUUUUUCCAAGCUGCAUUUCUCUGAAGAGAAAACCUGUUCUGAUACACAAUAGUCCAAUUUCACACAAACAUAACUUGAUUUUGUUGUGUGAUAUGAGACCAUGAACACACCCUCUAAAAAUAUGUUGAGUGACUUAUGUGUCUGUAUCUGUAACCAUUUGUUGCCUAAAGUGUUUUAAAUGCUCAGUUUAACUGCUGUGAAAUCUUUACUGAUUUUUAAACAUAAGAAUAACUUUUAUAUUGUUAGUAAUAUUUCUAGAUGAACACUUCCUGGACAGAAGCAACUUGUUAGAAUCCAUACAUAUUUUUUAGGGGGAAAAAAACUUAAAUUGUGAGUAUCAAAUAUGAUGCAUCAGGCUUUUGAGGAAUAAAACAGUUGUGAACAAUU